GCCCUCGCCACAUCACCUCCUGUAGACAUGUUUAGAGAGAGAGAGAGAGAGAGAGAGAGAUUGAGAGAACGAGGGGAGAGAGAGAGCGAGAGAAAGAAAGACAGUACAGUAAUCAGACACCUCAAACAUGUUAUGUGACUGUCCUGUCCUGCUCUGCUGAGCUUAGUUUUUAGGGUUUGAACUCUCUCUCAAAAUUUCCCAAGCAACACGAAAAACUCCGAGGACGGUAACGAAUACCUCUCCCGAGCAAAACCUAAUCUCGGAUUUCCUAGAUUUUGAGCACAUUAUUACUCCAUUGAUACUCGAGUUUUGAAACCCCAGAUAUGGACCGAUCAAGAUCCAAGCGCUACUACUACGACCAAGAUUACGAGUCCGAAAACCCACCCCGUACGAAACAACGCUACAGCAACCGCAGUCACAGCAGCAGCCACCACCAUUACGACCACCGCCGCCCUUCCGCCGCCCCGCACGGCGGCGGCCGGAAAACCCAGGAUCCUUCCCUCAUGGUCACGACCAGCUACCGCAUCCUCUGCCACGACCUGAAGGCCGGCGGCGUGAUAGGUAAAUCAGGGAGCAUAAUCAAAGCCAUUAGGCAACACACGGGAGCUUGGAUCAACGUGCACGAGUUGAUUCCUGGUGACGAGGAGAGAAUAAUUGAGAUAACGGACACGAGGCGGCGGGAUCCGGAGGGGAGAAUGCCGUCAUUCUCGCCGGCCCAGGAAGCGUUGUUUUUGAUUCAUGAGAGGAUACUGGAGAGUGAUGCGGGUGGGUAUGUUGGGGGAGAGGAUGACGUCGAUUACGGGCGGGGCGGAGGGGGGAAUAGGGUUGCCACGAGACUGGUGGUGUCGAGGAUGCACGUGGGGAGUUUGUUGGGGAAAGGAGGGAAGAUAAUUGAGCAAAUGAGGAUGGAGACUAAGACUCACAUUAGGAUUUUGCCUAGGGAUCACUCUCUCCCUCGGUGUGUCGCGCUUUCGGAGGAAAUUGUUCAGGUAGUUGGUGAUAUGAAUGCUGUGAAGAAUGCUAUGUCAAUUAUUUCAUCACGCUUGAGGGAGAGCCAACAUCGUGAUCGCACUAAUUAUCAUGGUCGACCGCAGUCACCAGAGCGGUUCUAUCCUCCUGAUGAUGAUUUUAUUCCUCACAUGAACAAUACACCACGUAGAACAUCUGUGGAUGGUUUUGGGUCAAGAUUAUCUGGUGGUUACACCAGUGAAAGAAGCAAUAACUAUAACCCACGUUCAUCCGGGUAUGAAAUGGAGCUUGGGUCCGCUCCUUCAGCUGACAAUGCACACCUAUUUUCUGGUGACGAUCUUGUAUUUCAGAUACUUUGCCCCAUUGACAGGGUUGACCGUGUUGUUGGAGAGUCGGAUGGAAUCAUAGAGUUGCUUCAAAAUGAAAUUGGUGUGGAUGUCAAGGUUGCUGAUCCAGUGGCUGGGUCAAAUGAGCAGAUAAUUAUCAUUUCAUCUGAUGAGGGUCCUGACGAUGAGCUGUUUCCUGCCCAAGAAGCUUUGUUACACAUCCAAACUCGCAUUGUUGACCUUGUUCCAGAAAAAGAAAAUAGAAUUACUACUCGAUUAGUUGUUCCAUCGGGCGAUAUUGGAUGUUUAGAGGGAAGGGACGCAUCAUUAGCUGAGAUAAGAAGAUUAACUGGUGCAAACAUACAAAUCCUGCACAGGGAAGAACUUCCAGUUUGUGUUUCAGGGACUGAUGAGAUUGUACAGAUUGAAGGGGAGAUAAAAGCAUCUCGGGAGGCUCUUGUUGAGGUGACGUCAAGGCUACGGAGUUGCUUAUAUCAGGAGUUCUUCCCAAAGGAUAUGCUAACGCCAACUAUGCUUGCAUCGAACCCUGUGGCGAAUGCAGUGGGACUGGAGGUAGCUUCUUCCCAUAAUGUGACUCCAGUUCGUGAACGUUAUGCUGCUACUGAGACUGACCCUCCUCCUGCAAACUAUCUAAAUAUACAAACCAUGGCAGCAGUGCUGCCAGCAAAGGACUCUGUAGGGUCUGUUAGUGCAACAAUGAAGACUGAAAGUGAGCGUCGUGAAGAUAUGCCAAGCGGGUUGAACAGAAUCCCUGUACCAAUUGUCACUAGGAGCAUACUGGAAGUAGUCAUACCACAGCAUGCAGUUCCGAAACUCAUAACAAAAUCAAAAAACAAACUUGCGCAGAUCAGUGAGCUAUCCGGGGCUAGUGUUAAACUCAUUGAAGAUAGACCAGAGACAACAGAGAAGACCAUCCUAAUUUCAGGUACUCCAGACCAGGCAGAGAGAGCCCAGAGCUUGCUUCAGGGUUUUAUUUUGAGCACCCAAGAAGAUGCCCCUUGAAGUUGUGGCAAUUUGUGUGCUGGGUCCGGCUUAACUUGAGGGCUGAAUGGGGAGAUUGCUUUGGGUUUUUUGUCAAUAUAGUCAGUCUUCCCUGGGUGUAAUGAUCCUAGAGCAAAGCUAUUUUGCUUCCUACUGUAAGCAUAGAUCGGUAUCCGUGUUGUAAAUGCAGAGUGAAACUGGGUAGCGCUGUAAAAUGGUCCCCCCGGAGCAGCUCUAAAAUUUCUCUUUUCAGCAUGGUUUUGCAAUCAAGUUGAGACUUUAUUAUUGGUAAACUCUUGUUGCUAAUGGUUACCGCCGUAUUUUUCAUUU